AUGGCCGCGCCAGCACCUCACUCCUCCUUCCCUCGCGACUAUCCCUGGGAUGGCCCUCGGACGCUAGCCGACAACCCCCUCGUCAACCCGAGAGGAUUGCGUUGCCUUCAAUUCGACAGGCCUUCCCCGAGAUGCGGCCAGCAGCGAAAGGGCAAGCAGAGUGCCCAGGCUCUACUCGUGCCAGUCUUCAGUUUCCGCGGCAAGACAAGCGUCGCCUACUGUGCCACCGCGGACACCCGCCUCAGAGGCUUGGGCUGCCCCCAAACCCAGAGGCCACCAGUUCCGCUUUCUGCUGGGCCAGCACUCGAACACCCAACGCAGUUCCGGCACAACCCUUUCACCUACCAGUAUCACCACCCUUCCAGGGUCCAGUCACUCUCGGUGGGAUCCAACCCUUACGACAGGCCUACAUACGCAGCUGCUGGGUACCCUCCGCACCACUACCACGACUUUGUCCGUUAUGGCGACGUAGGCCCACAAGGCGUGAUGGGAGACGCUAAGCAGCGAAAGAGGCGUGGCAACCUACCAAAGGAAACGACAGACAAGUUGAGGGCAUGGUUCGUGGCCCACCUACACCACCCUUAUCCUACAGAAGACGAAAAGCAGGACCUCAUGAGGCAGACUGGACUACAGAUGAACCAAAUUUCCAACUGGUUCAUCAACGCACGACGGCGUCAACUCCCUACGAUGAUCAAUAACGCGCGUGCGGAGUCAGACGCAGCCAACUCGGCUCGCACCACGACGGAAAACAAGAUGCCCUCGGUAGCGGCCGGAGCGGCGACCCUCAGCGACGGCGAAACAGGAACCUUUCACGACGAUCUUAGGAUCAAGCGACAGCGGAGCGGCCAUGUGAAGCGAGGGAGCAUCUAA